CACGGGGGCAGCAUGACUGCCAAGCAGCGCAAAGCAGGCAGAGGACGGACUGAGAACAAUGCUGGGGCUCUCGUUGCUCCGGGCCGGACGGAAGAGAGGGCGGCUGGGGGUCCCAGACACGGGGAAGCCUGGGCUUGGAGGUGCCGAGCCGUGCUGGGGCUGCUGCUGCUCUGGGUAGCCGCCGCCGGGGUGGCCGUGCUGGGCUGGCUGCUCGUGCACCAGCUGGAGACGCUGGAGCAGCUGGGAGAGACCGUGGAGAAGCUGCGGGGCCGCCUGGAGGAGCUGGAGGUGCUGAAGGAGCAAGUGCAGAUGACGAGAGAGCAGCUCCCUGUCAUGGCGGAGCUGGAGCAGCGACUCUCUGACCUGGAGCUGGCCCAGAUGCUGUCUAGGCAGAAACUGGAGCGAGCCUCUGCCGCCGCUGAGCGCAUCGUGGCCUCUGACCCUAUCGGCAAGCUUGCCGCCUUGCAGGCGGAAGUGAAGCUGGCCAUCAGUGAGCUGAGAGGAGAGCUCCCCUCCGGGACCGAGCUGGCUGAGCUGCAGAGCCAGCUGGAGCAGCUGAGAACCACCGAGCUGGAGAAGCUGAGGCAAGAGAUGGCCGGGCUCUUGUCGUUGGGUUCCAGGCUGGAGCGGAGCGUGGCCUCAUUGACCGGCUCCCUCACCAGUGCCCAGAGGAGCCUGGAAGAGAAGGCUCAUAGCCUGCAAGGCAUGCAGCAGGAAGCGGAGCACACAAAGGUGGCUGGUGAGAGAUUGGAGAACAACAUUGGCUCCCUGUCAGCCCGGACCUUCAUCCUGGAGGGAAGACUCAGCCGCACCACACUGCUGGCACGCGCCCUGCAGCUACAACUGGAGCAGAACAGCAAGGCUCUGGCUGGACUGCAGGAAGUGGCAGCAAAUCAGAGCGGGAGUGACAGCUCUGAACCUCAGCAGCUGGAGAACCUUCGGGUGCAGAUCCAGCAGCUGAAGAUGGAGAAAUCGGCCACACAGGAGCAGGUGAAUGAGGCGCUGCACAGCAUUGCUGACCAGAGGAGAGAGUUGAAGGGCAGGAUCUCAGAGUUGGAAACAGUUAUUCAUGCUCUUCAGGGCCACGUGACUCAGGUGGAGCUGGGCAUGGUCAAUCUGAACACACAGCUCUCUGGUGCGGUGGAGCAGCAGCUGCAGGGUCUAAAGCUUGGGAUGGCCAAUCUGGAGAGCAGCCUGGGCACCAGCCUGCAGCAGUGUCUCUCAGGAGAAGUACAGACCAGCUGUGAGACUGAGGAUGGCUGUGGGUGGCCGCACGUGCGCGAGAUCAGCUUUCCGCACCGUGUCCUGACCCAGCCCACAAUUAUGCUGGGACUGGUGGGGCUGAGCACUCGCGGCUCCGUGGGCAUCUCGGUGAGAGCUGUGGACGUCACGGAUUCUGGCUUCAAAAUACACAUCGCCAGCGUGGGCAACCAGACCCUGACCAGUGCCAGGGUCUCUUGGAUGCUGUGUGCCUAG